UCCCGGAGUUUGGGAAUGUUUCACGUCAAAAAUUGUUAUUCAAUGCCAAAAUGAAUUGGGAAUAGAAUUUUAAAGUGUCAUUUAAAUUUUGCGCAAAAAAACAUGAUUAUAAGGUUUCUUCAAAACGCUAGCUAAUGAAUGGAAUUUGUUUUGGGAAGUUUAGCUGGAACAGCUGCCGGAAUAUUUACCAAUCCGUUAGAAGUUGUGAAAACAAGAAUGCAAUUACAAGGCGAACUAAAAGAAAGAGGAAAGCACGCCAAGAUUUACAAAAACACAAUACAAGCAGCUCAUCAUAUAGCACAUGAAGAAGGCAUUUUGGCCUUACAAAGAGGUCUUGUACCUUUUAUUGGUUGGCAAAUUGUUGCAAAUGGUUUGAGACUAGGAUCGUUCGAUUUGAUUCAAGCAUCAGGGUACAUGUCAAAUGAAGAAGGAAAACUCAUAUUUCAUAGAACCCUGCUAAUAAGUGGUCUUUGUGGUGGCUUCGCAGGUUUUUGGGCAAGUCCGUUUUUCUUGAUUAAAACACAUAUGCAAGCAGAAUCUUCGGUGUCCCAUUCAGAUUCUCGUCGACAAUAUUCAAGUACCUUAGAUGCCUUCAGGACAAUUCAUAAAAAAGAUGGAAUAAGAGGAUGGUUCAGGGGCAGCCUAACAUGUAUGUUCAGAACGGCAAGUGGCUCUAGCUCGCAAUUAUCAGCAUUUGUGCUUGCCAAGGAAUAUAUGAGAGAAAAUGGUCUCCUACAAAAUUCCCUAUUUUGGCAAAGUUUAGUAGGUAGUUUGAUUGGAGGCAUUGCUAUUUCUAUAACCAUGGCUCCAUCAGAAUUGAUUUUGACUAGACUCUACAAUCAAGAAACCGACGCCACUGGCAGAGGCCUGCUUUAUAAAAACUCCUUUGAUUGUGUUAAAAAGAUCAUGCAAACCGAAGGAAUACCUGGCUUCUUCAAGGGUAUGGAGGCUACUUUUAUCAGAAUGGGGCCUCACACUAUACUGAGUUUGAUAUUUUGGGAUAUAUUUCAUCAAACUUAUGAAAGUUUUCAAGAAGAAAGGAGACGAAGGAAUAGAUGAUAUUUAUUCAGGAAUAUUGCUAUCAGUAUCUUAUAAGAUUACAAUAUCAAGAUUACUUUCAGAGAGUAUUAUCAAUACUUCAAUCAUCCGGGUUGGUUGUAAAUAUUUAAUAAAUCAUAAAAUGGU